AUGCAGCCCAUCACCACCAUCGCCGAGAGCAAGGAGCUCCGCGGGCUCAACCUCAUUGCGGCGCAUUCGCACAUUCGCGGUCUCGGCGUCGAACCAGACACGCUCGAGCCGAAAGUCUCAUCGCAGGGCCUCGUGGGCCAGGAGAAGGCGCGGAAAGCGGCGGCAGUCAUACUGAAGAUGGCGCAAGACGGCAAGAUUGCAGGGCGCGCAGUCCUGAUCGCAGGGCCCCCAAGCACAGGAAAGACGGCCAUCGCCAUGGGCAUGGCGCAAUCGCUGGGCCCAGACGUCCCCUUCACCAUGCUCGCAUCCUCGGAGAUCUUCUCGCUCGAAAUGUCCAAGACCGAGGCGCUCACACAGGCCUUCCGCAAGUCCAUUGGCGUACGGAUAACAGAGGAAAGCGAGGUCAUCGAAGGCGAGGUGGUGGAGAUACAGAUUGACCGCAGCGUCACAGGGGUGGGUAUGCGACAACGUGUCACGUGGAUGGAGGCUAACAGAUCGCAGAGCAACAAGCAGGGCAAGCUUACCGUAAAGACGACCGACAUGGAGACCAUCUACGACAUGGGCACGAAAAUGAUUGACGCCAUGACCAAGGAAAAAGUCAUGGCCGGCGACAUCAUCUCCAUCGACAAGGCAUCAGGCAAGAUCACAAAGCUCGGCCGAUCGUACACGCGGUCAAGGGACUACGACGCCAUGGGCAUCGACACCAAAUUUGUGCAGUGUCCCGAGGGCGAGCUGCAACAACGCCGCGAAGUCGUGCACACUGUCAGUCUCCACGAGAUCGACGUCAUAAAUUCGCGGACGCAGGGCUUCCUGGCCCUCUUCUCCGGUGACACGGGCGAGAUCCGCAGCGAAGUGCGCGACCAGAUCAACACAAAAGUCGCCGAGUGGAAGGAGGAGGGUAAAGCCACCAUCGUGCCUGGCGUGCUGUUCAUCGACGAGGUGCACAUGCUCGACAUCGAGUGCUUCUCCUUCAUCAACCGCGCGCUCGAGGACGAACUGGCGCCCAUCGUCAUCAUGGCCAGCAACAGAGGAAACACACAAAUACGCGGAACAGACUACAGGUCGCCUCACGGCCUGCCCCUGGACUUCUUGGACCGCGUCGUCAUCGUCAGCACUCAUGCAUACAACCCCGAAGAGAUGAAACAGAUCAUCUCGAUAAGGGCGCAGGAAGAGGAGGUCGAUGUGACCCCGGAUGCGCUCGCGCUGCUUACCAAGAUCGGCCAGGAGACCGGGCUGAGAUAUGCGAGCAACCUCAUCACCACGUCAGACUUGAUCCGCAAGAAGACGGGCAGGUCCGAAGUCACGGUUGAGGAUGUGCAACGUAGCUUCGCGCUCUUUUACGAUCCCUCCAGGAGCGUCAAGUUCGUUAGCGACUCGGAACAGCGUCUUAUUGGCGACGCGGGCGCCGUCUCCUUCACAGUCACCAAUGGCACCGAGGCCAUGGAUGUAUCAUAG